AUUGCAUCACCUCUUUCAAUUCACAUCACCCCAGUUGAAAUCUGAAACCGAUUACAGAUUAGAGGCUUCUUCAAACAAGGGGCCCCAAAACCUAAACCCUAAUCUGAUUUGCUAGCGAUUAUGGCGUCCGAGAGUGCUUCUCGAUCGAGUUCCGCGGCUGAUUCCUACGUUGGCAGCUUGAUAAGCUUGACCUCCAAGAGUGAGAUCAGAUACGAAGGCAUUCUCUACAACAUCAACACCGAAGAGUCCAGUAUUGGCCUCAGAAACGUGCGAUCUUUUGGAACAGAAGGAAGAAAAAAGGAUGGUCCACAAAUUCCUCCAGGCGACAAGGUUUAUGAGUAUAUACUUUUCCGCGGGUCUGACAUCAAGGAUUUACAGGUUAAAUCUUCUCCACCUGUCCAGCCUACUCCCCAAGUCAACAAUGACCCAGCUAUUAUUCAGUCUCACUAUCCUCGCCCAGUCACCACAUCUACAACUUUGCCUUCUGCUGUAAGUGGGCCUUUGACUGAUCUUGGUUCUCAAACCACCCAGCUUGGACUUCCUGGGUCAAAUUUGCAAGGGCCCUUGCCUUUGUAUCAACCUGGAGGGAACAUAGGAUCAUGGGGAGCUUCUCCACCUGCUCCAAAUGCAAAUGGUGGUAGGCUUGCGAUGCCAAUGUAUUGGCAAGGAUACUAUGCCCCAAAUGGGCUUCCUCAGUUACACCAACAAUCUUUUCUUCGACCGCCACCUGGUUUAUCAAUGCCUCCAUCCAUGCAGCAGCCAUUGCAGUAUCCCAAUUUCAGUCCCUCUUUACCUAAUGUAUCUUCUAAUUUGCCAGAAUUACCAUCAUCUUUGCUACCUGUGAGUUCUAGUACCUCCAGUGUAACAUCUGCCUCCUUUCCUUCAUCUAAUUUGCCUCCUGCACCUUCUGCUUUGCCUCCUGCACCUUCUACUUUAUCUCCUGUACCUUCUGCUGCGCUAGCUUCUGAAAUUUUGCCAGUAUCAGUAACAAACAAGGCACCCAAUGUUUCAACUUCAGCAGCCGUGUUAGCUGCUAACUUACCAUCACUGACUUCACUGACCGAUUCUAGUUCAGAUAUUAAUGCUAUAGUGCCACCAAUCUCAAGCAAAUUGAAUGCGAUUUCAGGUUCUAGCUUGCCCUAUCAAACUGUAUCCCAGUUGUCUUCUGCAGUUGUUGGAUCAUCAAGUACUAUCCAUACCGAAACAUCUGCCCCAUCUCUGGUAACCCCAGGUCAAUUAUUGCAGCCUGGUCCAACUAUAGUUUCUUCAGCUCAGCCUUCACAAGCACCUCAUAAGGAUGUUGAAGUGGUUCAGGUGUCAUCAACAUCAUCUCCUGAGCCAUCUUUGCCAGUUUCUGCGGAAACUCAACCACCAAUACUGCCAUUGCCAGUAACUUCACGGCCCAGCCACAGGGUCAGUGGAGCUCUUAACCAGACUCAUCCUGGCUAUAGUUACAGAGGACGUGGAAGAGGAAGAGGAACUGGGGGUUUGCGCCCAGUCACAAAAUUCACUGAAGAUUUUGAUUUCAUGGCAAUGAAUGAGAAGUUCAAAAAGGAUGAAGUAUGGGGUCAUCUUGGUAAAAAUAAGUCUAAUUCAAAAGACAAAGAUGGGGAAGAAAAUUCCUUUGAUGAAGAUUAUCAAGAUGAAGACAAUGACGAUGAAUCAAACUUUGAGGUCAAGCCUAUUUAUAACAAGGACGACUUCUUUGACUCGCUCUCAUCCAACGUGCAUGGUAAUGCUUCUCAAAAUGGAAGGACUAGAUACUCUGAACAAAUCAAGAUUGAUACUGAGACAUUUGGCGAUUUUGUGAGGCAUCGUGGUGGUCGAGGCGGCCGUGGUGGACGUUCUCGAGGUGGUUAUUAUGGAAGAGGUGGAGGAUAUGGCUACUCUGGACGAGGAAGGGGACGUGGUGGCGGUGGCGGUGGCAUUCCCGGUCGCAAUUUGUAGUUGGCAGCAGUUAAUGUUUAGUGAUGGACAUGGUGGACAACAAGAACCUGGGUAGCCUCCCAUUAAAGCACCGUAAUUAUGUUAGGAUUAUGCUUCAUUGUUGUGUUACCUUUGUUAUAUGUUUAUUUCACAGAAUAAGUAGGACAUUUUUUUUCCUUUUACCAUUAUGUUGGCCUUGUUACUCUACCAAAGUCAAGUUGGUUUGAUGGAGAAAAUGUUUGUGCUCCAUUUUAUUUAUAAGCUUAUAUCAACAGGCAGGAGUUUAGACUAAUUUAUUGCAGGUUAAUGUUUAUGCAUGUAAGCAAUUAGUCAAUCAUCCAUUUCUUAGGCA